AUGAGCUCCAGCAAUGACGCGGUGUUUCUGCGCCGCAACAACCAAGUCCAAGAUGCCAUUGACUCACAGAACAUGAAGCAGGCGCUGCAACUCAUCGAGAAGCGCAUCAAGAAGGGCGAAAACACGCAGUUUCUGAAGGCAAGUCACCCUUAUCACCAAGUCUGGAAAGCGCAUAUUCUUUUCAACCAUGCGGAUGAAACCCACCAAAAGCGAGGAGCCGAAGAAACCCUGCAGCUGUGCAAAGCGGAGCCACCCGUAUCGGAUCUAGACUCACUGGACAUCCUCCACCGAACACUGCAGAAGAUGAAUGGUCACACCGAGCUUCGGAGUGCCAUAUGGGAGAAAGCAGCAAAAGCAAACCCCCAUGAUCGCACCUUACAGAUGAGGUGGUUCUCUUUAGGGUUUGAAGCCGGCGACUGGAAGAUGGCUCAGAAGGCUGCCAUGAGUCUUCAAAAGAAUUUCCCCCGCGAGCGCAAAUAUUACUUCUGGGCCAUUUUCCUUUGUCAUCUCAUUUCGAGAAGCCCAGCCAGCUCUGAAAUGGACCGCAAGCUGUUCGGCACCCUUGCCUACCGGAUGAUAUCAAAGGCGGCGAAUGACAUUCCUACUGACCAGACUCAAUUGCUCAGUGCCCCAAGAGCUAUUCAAACCAGCGAAGAGCUUUAUUUCCUCCUCAGAAUUUACAAAGUACAAGAGCGUUGGGCCGAGGCUUUGAAGUUGCUUGAAAGCGAGACCACCGGUAUCAAAUCUCGUCUCGUCAACAACGAUCGAACCUUCUUGAUUGAAAAGCUUUACUUCCUGGGAUUCGCUGGGGCUUGGAAAGAAGGGUAUGCUUUCACAAAGGAUCUGCUCGCCGUACCCGAAAACGAAGAAGGGCGCCAGGGCCUGAAUGAACGUGACGACUGGAACACUUGGAAUUUGUUCAUUUCAGUCCCACGAAAUUUACCCGAAGAAGAUGGACUGCUUUCAGAUGCACAGCAGCACAUUGAGAGGUUCAUUGAGUAUGAGCCUCGGUCUCGCAAUGCGCACAUCGCCCUCUUGGAUGUCACCCUGACUGGUUUGAAACUCGGUGUACGUACCGAGGAGGACCUGAUUUGGGCUUGCCGUAAAUACUUCGAUGCACACAAGUCUAAGCUCUAUGCCUUUAUGGACUUACGAGGUGUCAUGGAGACGCGUGAUGAUUCGAUGAUACAGCGUAUCACUGAAACUUGCGUGGAAAGUGUUGAGGAGACACCGGAGAACGUCAUCCCAUUAAUCAACGCAUACAAGCUGCGAUACCAUGCGCACAUCUCUGGUAACAGGGAAUCAUCGAAAUCCAACGUUGAAAGUCUGGUUCAAAAGUGCAUUGAACUGUACAAUACUUUCACACCAAAGACCUCGAAAACAGGCACAGAUGAAAAGAGCGAUGCUGCGUCAAUGGAGAGCCGCCCAGCUGAUGAGUUCUGCAUAAUUGCCGCUAUGGCUCUUAUCACUGGCAGCGAAACUGGGGAAACAUUCAACGAAGCAACUACGACUACCCUUAUCCGUGCUGCUGGUCUUCUAAAUCAACUCCUGCUCAACUCCCCACAUCACUCUGGGGCAAUUUUGACCUUGAUUCGAAUCUAUCUCCUUCUCGGUGCUGGUUCGAUUGCUUUGAAGAUGUUUGGCCGGCUAUCCAUCAAGCAAGUGCAGUACGAAUCAGUUUCCCAUUUCCUUUACACUCGCUUCGCCACAAUUCACCCACAUCAGGCCCCUCCCAUCGAAGGCGGGGACUACAAGGACUUUGACCCGCAAGCUGCAUUCGUUAAAGCCCUUGAUUUCUAUCGCGGUGCCGAUAUCACUAUCGGCCACAACCUUAACAAAGGGCUCAACGGUGGGUCAUAUGUCGGCUUGGAGGACUCGAUCGAGCUAGGAAAUCGUCUUCGAGACAGCCAAUGUCGAAGAAUGUGGGCUCUUGAUGUACGACGCAUGCAAAGAAUCACAAAGGGCGAACACCUAAGCUUCCACGAAGAUGUUGCCCAAAGCUCCUCACUAGCCCACGAUAAUCGGAAGUUUGAUGCUUUGCCGAGCCUUGAACGCCUGAGCCAGCCCACAUUCGAGGAGCACCUACGCGUAGGACCGGUUCCCAAGGCGAAUUGGCUCUCGGCAGCUCGUAUCACUGACCGACUGUUUAGCGUUCUUGCAAGCAUCGGCUCGCAAAAGCCAGUCGACCUAACCUUGGAACUGCCUGCCAUCGGUGAUUUGUCGCUCUCUGAAGCAGAUAGCGAUCAAACGGUUGCCGAGAUAGGUGCUUCCAAGGUUCACUUGGAGCUUCUCAAGGUUGCGCUCUUCAUGGCUGGAUCAAAAACCUACACCACUUCCCAGAUUGACAAUGCCCUUGCCCAGAUGGAAGAGUGGCUCAAAUCCCAGAAACAAACUCUCGCCUUGGACGAAACUAAAAAAUCCGUUCUUGUCGACAAGACCACCAUUGAGUUUGUCCCUGAUACCCCAGCUGCACCAACUUGGGAAUACUUCCAUGCCAUUUGGACCCUUGUGGAGACACUUCAGGCUACGUGGAAGGUGAUUGAGCUGGACUCUCGCAAGAGUCUUAAAACUUCAAAACUUCCCGUUGAGACCGUGAAGCGAAUUGAGGCUUUGGUUCUUGAAGUUUUCGAGCAUGUUCGCUCCAACACCCGGGCUUUGAAGCAAGGCCUUACCGAAACAGCCACCCUCAGUACUUUGAUUGAUCUUGUCAACCAGGGUGACGCUGGCAGCGAGUACCAGCAGCCUCUACAAGAUGCCCUUGAGGGAAUGGUUGAUAAUUCCGGACUCGAAGUGUUCUGUGGAGAGCUAAGGGAGAGUUGGGAAGAGGCACUCGACGGAGUGCUGAGUGCCAAGAUUUGA